UUCCCCACACUAAAAAACUUCACCAUCUCUUCAUCCUUUUCCACAUCUUAACCACAACAAACACUUCAUUUUCUUCAAUGGCGGAAAACGGCGGAGGUGAUGGCGGGAGAUUGCGGUGGUGUUCGGUGCCGGAGAGGCUGCAGCUCCAUGGGGCGAUGCUGGCUCUGCAGUUCGGGUAUGCCGGUUUCCAUGUCGUGUCUCGGGCUGCCCUCAACAUGGGCAUCAGCAUGCUCGUCUUCCCCGUCUACCGCAACAUCAUCGCCUUGCUCCUCCUCCUCCCUUUCGCUUACUUCCUCGAAAAGAAGGAGAGGCCUGCGAUUAGCCUCAAGUUCCUCACUCAGUUCUUCCUCCUUGCACUUGUCGGAAUAACGGCGAAUCAAGGGUUCUACUUGCUGGGACUGGACAACACAUCUCCGACGUUUGCCUCUGCAAUUCAGAACUCUGUUCCUGCAAUUACCUUCCUCAUGGCUGCUCUUCUCAGGAUCGAGAAAGUUCGACUGAACAGAAGAGAUGGUCUUUCCAAAGUCUUGGGAACUGCACUUUGUGUCGCCGGAGCUUCGGUGAUCACUCUCUACAAGGGCCCAACGAUCUACUCUCCGGCCAAACAUCUCAACCACGGUCUAGCAUCGGCUCGAGCCACCACGUUCGGGCGGCUCGGUGACGCGGCGCCCAAGAACUGGACCAUGGGUUGCAUCUACUUGAUCGGACAUUGCCUCUCGUGGUCCGGAUGGCUCGUGCUUCAAGCUCCGGUCCUCAAGACUUACCCGGCCAGGCUGUCGGUGACGUCAUACACGUGCUUCUUCGGUAUUAUUCAGUUCUUGAUCAUUGCCGCUUUCGCAGAGAGAGACUUAACUGCUUGGGCCUUUCACUCUGGCUGGGAGCUCUUCACCAUCUUCUACGCCGGUGUGGUUGCGUCUGGAAUCGCGUUUGCAGUACAGAUUUGGUGUAUUGACAGAGGAGGUCCAGUGUUCGUCGCUGUUUAUCAACCCGUCCAGACUCUCGUCGUCGCGAUCAUGGCUUCAAUCGCAUUAGGCGAAGAAUUUUAUUUGGGAGGGAUCAUUGGAGCUGUGCUGAUAAUAACGGGGCUCUACUUCGUUCUAUACGGAAAGAACGAGGAGAGGAAGCUCGCCGCGAUGGAGAAGGCAGCGAUCCAGUCCAUCGCGGAGCACGGGAUCAAUCGUGCACCCGCAAAUCACGUCAUCAAGACGUCUCUCGCUGCUCCGCUUCUCGCAAGGUCAACGGACCACGUUUGACCACUAAGAGAAAAAAAAUGAAGAUUCUGACAAAAAUACUCACGAAAACAUCGAAACAUGGAAAAAGAAGACAAUGACGAUGUUUUCUGUUCGUGUUCAUGGAAUAUGGGUUCUAUAUAUUAAUCUGUUUUCGCAUUUUCUCUCCUGUUUUAGUUUUUCUUUUGGUUAUUUAUCGAAAUAUUUAAGAAAAAGGGUUUUAGGAAACCAAAAAAAAAAAGGGUGAGACAUCAUGAUCUUCAUGGGCAUGGUGGUUAAGGUGAUGAUGGUGAUCAUUAUUAUGAUGGAGACUAUGUGGGGGCAUGCAUGGAGAUGAUGAACGUCAAUUAGUUUGGCUAUUAUUCUCCAUAGUUGUGGUUAUUGUGUGAUAAUGAUCCUACCAUAUAGUCUUUAUGCUUUAUGUUUCUCCAUUGAUGUAAUAUUUAUAAAAUUAGUUGUGAUACUACUUGAUAUUAUAACUAUGUUUACUACAAAUGAACAA